AAAUAAUGAAGUAGAAGCAUAUAGCAUUGCGAAAGAUAUACAGCAAUAUACAGAACAAUAUGAUCCAAAGCUUGAAAAUAUUGUUAGUAAUUUAGAUAUAGUUUUAUCAUCUACAGAAGUGACUAAUAAAAGGAUAGAAUUAAAUAGAAGAAGACAAAGAAUAAAGAGUAUGUGUAAAAAUUAUACUGAUAAAGAGUUACAGCUAAAUAAAAAUUUUCCUAAUAUAAUUAUUGAUACGUAAGUAUUAAGACUAUAAUCAAUACAUGACAUAUAAGUAAUAUAUUUUGAUGUUUCGUAUGAAUAAACUUAUUAUUUAAUAUUUUACAUACGAUCACUAGAAAACAUGGUAUAUCAUGGUGUCCUAUAUAUAAGGUGGGUAGUUCAACCUGGAUGAAGAAUUUUGCAAUACUUGCAGGUAUCUUAACAGAUACAACCAUGAAUUUAAUUCAUCAAAAUGCAAUUCAAAUGAAUACUAUUGUUAAACAAGCAUUUCCUUCCGAUUUAAAUCUAAAUAAAACACUUAAGAAAUUACGUGCUACUAAAAAAUUUUUAAUUGUACGACAUCCUUUCGAGCGUCUCUUGUCUGCAUAUAGAGAUAAGUUGGAGCAUAUAAAUGGAAGGGAAUAUUAUUAUAAACGAUUUGGACGGCACAUUACACAUAAAUAUCGGAAACACAAAAAUUCAACUAGAAUCAAACUGGAACCAACAUUUGAAGAAUUCUUAGAAUUUAUUGUAAAUGAAAAGUAUUUUGAUGAACAUUGGGCUCCAUAUUAUGAUACUUGCAAACCAUGUAUGAUUCAUUAUGAUUAUAUUCUUAAAUUUGAAACUUUUCAAGAAGAUCAUCGCUUUUUCAUGCAAGAGACUGGAUUAAAAUACUAUUUAUACAAAAAGAGUGGCUUUAAAAAUAUAAAUCCAUAUGGUCGUACGACCAGCAAUUUGUUGAGAAAAUAUUUAGAAAAUAUACCAAAACUACUUCUUCAGAAAAUAUAUAAAAUUUAUGAAAAAGAUUUUAAAUUAUUUUCUUAUUCUCUAGAUUUAUAUUAAAUUAUAUUAAGUAUAUAUAAGGAUUAAUAUUUUUUUUUAAAUAAAUUAUACUCAACAAACUUACU